AUGAUCCUUCAUGCUGCAUAUGCUGUGAGAGAGUCUCCUACCUCUGUAAUCAUCAUCCAGUCUCCAGAUACCGACGUUCUUGUCCUAUGUGUAUCCCAUUUCUCUGAAAUUGAAUGCAGAAAGUUGUGGUUUCGUACUGGCUUAAGCGACCGUCAGAGAUACAUUCCAGUGCAUACUAUCCAGCAAAGCCUAGGAGAAAGGUUGUGUCAGUGUCUGCCAGCAUUCCACGCCCUCACUGGCUGCAAUUCGACGAGCAGCAUAUCCCAUCGUGGGAAGAAGAAACUGUGGAUUGCCCUCAAGUUCAGUGCCACUCACCAGAUAACUCUCAGCCUGUUUGGUCAGCAGCCAGAUUUGGAUGAUACGCUUGCUGAAAAGACGGAAGCUUUCAUACGUGAUCUAUAUCCCAAUACGAAAAGAAGCACAAGUACCAUGRACGAGCUACGGUACCUAAUGUUUUGCCAACAGCGUAAACGCAGAAAUGAGGCUCUUCCGCCAACAUCAGACAGCUUGAGACAGCACAUGAAGCGCGCAAGCUACCAAACAUUUAUCUGGAGAAGCUCCCUCAUAGCGAUGCAGGAUCUACAGAGUCSAGAAGGCCAUGGAUGGGAGAUAGAAGAUGGUACUCUCAAACCAGUCUAUAUGACGAAGGAUCCUGCUCCACGCAGUCUUGUUGAGCUAACUACAUGUAACUGUAAGAAGUCUCAGUGUCAAGGUAAUUGCUCCUGCUACAAUUCAGGACUCUCCUGUACGGAGGCGUGCUUUUGCAUGCGUGACGAAACAUGCAAUAACCCACAUUCUACAGCUGAGCAAUAUUACAGUGACUCAGAUGAGGGAUCUGACGACGACUUGGAAGAUGACAGCGAUGAGGAAGAGUGA